AUGUUUGAAUAUUUCAAAUCCAUCACAGAAACUGUUGCUCAAAACAGUGCCAAUCUCAUUGAACUGUACAAGAAGGAUUUAAACGAAUUUGCUGCAGUUGUUUCCAAUGAAUUACAAUUACCACCACCACCAUCGUCAUCCUCGGAACAACCAUCAUCAUCUCUCACAACCACACUCUCGGAAAUACUUCAUAAUGAACAAUCUUAUUUACAACCCAUUUAUUUAACAGAUGAAAAUGAUUUAAAUACAAUUCAAAUUGAUAUCAAUUCUGAUCAAGUGACAACAGAUAUUACAUUAAUAUUAGAAAAUGAUUCAAUUCUUAAAGAUAUUCAUAUGAAAUUAGUACCUUCUCAAGUCUCCUAUUUAUUAUUUUGGAAGAGAUACUUUCAAUUGAAAAUUAAUUUCGAAGAAUUUGAAAAAAAGAGAAAAUUAUUUGAAUCGUUGAAAGAAGAGACAAAGAAUACGAACACUACUACGACUCGUGAAGAAUUUUAUUUAAAUGUUUUGAAUGAAAUACUUGAAAGUGAUGAAUUUAAAACAGUCAACGAUGUAAAAGAAUUUAUUAAGAUACAAUUAUCAGGUAUUGUUGAAAGCAAUAAUGGUUCGUUACUCGUGUCCGAUGCUGCUCGUGCUUCUACUACACCUAGCAGUCAUGCUGUUGAAUCGAAUCGAGAGAUGGCAACCACUCAUCUAGACCAUCACACAACAACAAACACUACUGAAGCUUCAGACGAAGAUGAUUGGGAGUAA